AUCGUAGAGAUUGCUUCUUGCAAUGCAACUGCUAGUGCAAAGGGAACUCUGAUUAGAAUUUUCAACACAAUGGACGGAAAUCGUCUACAAGAGGUCUAGUAGUAGUUCACUUUUCUUAAUAAUCGUCUGCAAUUCAACUGCUAGUGCAUGUCACAUUUUUGUAGGCAUUGGUUGAGCAAAAUAUCUGUCAUCAUGAUUCAUAGUAUGUCACAUUUUUUGAACCUGGAAAUAGCAGUUACUUAGUUGUUUUGUUUCUAAUUUUAAACAACAGCUUAUUUUUGGGUUUAGCAAUCUAGGGUUGAGAAUAAAACUCUGGUUUAAAAAAAAAACUAUCCUGCAAAUUUGUUUUCCAGUUGAUAUAUAUUGCAAAAAAUUAUGACAACAAGUUUUUGAUAAAUUUUCAUAAUAAGGAGAGGGAUUAACAAGGGCUCUACAGCAAGAGCCUUUCAUAAUCUUUUGCAAUAUUCAUCUUCUUCUUGUUGUGUUUAUGCAAAACAGAAUCAAUGCCAAAGAAUAAGAAAACAGAAUGGCAAGUAGGAGAUCCUACAAUAAGCAUAGUGGGAGAUCAAUUCUGUAAUCCAUACCCAAUGGACCUAAUGGUGAAGAGGAAAGUUCAAAGUUUCUCAAAAGAUAAUUACCAAGUGUUUGAUCCAAGUGGAAACCUUCUCCUACAAAUUGACGGACAAGCUUGGGGGAUUAACCGUAAAAGGGUUAUGACUGAUCCAGCUGGUUUCACAAUCCUCACAAUGCGCCAAAAGGGAAUGACGUUGAAGAACAAAUGGGAAGUGCAUGGAGGAGAGAGCAAAGAGAGAGAAGACUUGCUGUUCACGGUACAUCAUUCUUUAGCGGUGUCACUGAAAACAUCGGUGGAUGUUUUCUUGGCAGAGAACAAUAAUGUCAAGAAGAGCAAUACUUGUGAUUUUCAUGCUUCAGGUGGAUACUCGAAUAUCUCAUUCAAAGUUUUCAAAUCGGAUGCUCUCAUCGCUGGGGUAGGGGUCACGCAUAAGUUUACAUGGGGAAGUUUCUGUAAAGGGAAAUGUAAUUUUAGGGUGAGAGUAAAUCCAGAGGUGGAUUAUGCUUUCAUCAUUGCUUUGCUUGUUAUGGUUGAUGACAAUGAGAAUUGAUGUUGGGGCAUCUUCAACAUCUUAUGUUUGGUUUGUAUAUGUAUUCAUUUUUUUCAAGACGUGGGAACUUUUUCAUUGUAAAAUAUUAUUUGUGGACUGCUAUUGAAGCAAAUCUACUCUUUUGAUAUCAAACAAACCAAUUUUAAUCAAACCUCAUAAGAAACUCAUAACCAGACGCAAUAAAAUCAAACAUGAAGUAAAACCAACACUACACACCAGCAAAUGAUUAAUAAGUAAAGCUGCGGUUAGAUAGAGAUAUGUUUCGGUGAGAGCAUCUUCUUCAAGAUCCUCUGCCUUCAGCUUUUCCUUCACCCUCAACAACAUAGUUGUCUUCCGUGAAUCUUGCCAACAAUACCAUGAUAAAGAUCAGAGAAGAGGUAAAAGAAAAAUUCUAUUCGAAGUUUUUGUAUGCGGUUCGCACCAGCGGAGUCAUGCUAUCAAAUUCCUUGAGAACGUCAGUUUUGCGAUGUCUUCUUCAUCGAUAGGAGCAGCAAGGUCCUAUUAAUGGGAAUAAAAAAAUUGACUUAGCAUACUUUAUGUAAGCUAUAUACUUACAUAAUCACUAAAAAAAAAAGCAACAUAGGAAAAAUUGACGAAACAAGGUAGUUUUUCUUUUUGAAUGAAUGUUAAAUUUAUUUAAGAAAAAAAAACUCCUUUAUAAUGAAUGUAACUUAAGCCAAAAGUUAUGCUGAAACAAGAUUUGAGGCUAAAACAAUUCUAAUCUCAUCCAAAAUGAAAACCAUGUUUCCAUGGCCCUUUCGCACCUACUGACACCAUUGAGAGGCAGACUUGAGAUUCUGUUCCUGAGACUAUUUUAUCAAUACCUUUAACCAGAACUGCAGGAGGGUUUGGGACAUCUCCAUGCCUUCUUCCAUUCCUCUAUUUCCAUGUCGUAAGAACAAUCCGAAGUAAAAUCUUUUACCUGCUUAACAUCAAACUACCUUGUUUCCUCAAGUUAACUACCUUGUAGAGUGGUCUUGUAGGAAGCAGAGCACGAUCAGCCGUGAACCGGGGGAACAUAUCAUGUGUAUAAGAGACUAUUGAUUUAGUAUCAGUGAAGGCAAGAUUACUGGAAUCGGGUUUGAUUCAUCAACAAUUUCUUUCUAAGAACGUUGGUGAAAUUUUGUGAACCAUUUGGUGUAAAUAUCUAUACUUUAAGCAUGAUAUGUAUUGUUUAGUGGCUGAUAGAGAUUUAUACCAUUGGUUAUUUCGUAUAUAUCAAUUGAGAAAAUAACUUCGUUGGUGUGAAAUCUAUACUUUAUGUGGAAUGAAUUUUAUUUGGUGAGAAACUUGGAAGCUUUAGCCAUUUAUAUGUUGGUUUGUGCUCCGAAAUUAAGCCUAACACUUAGUCUAAUAAAAAAAAUAUGGGAUAAUAGAAGGAAACUACUUGUAGUUUUAUUAUGCUUCAAAACUAAAUAUGAAAUAAACAACAUAAUCUAUGUACUAAACUAGAUUACAUGCUGCCCAAAAAAAAAAAAAAAAAAAAAAACUAGAUUACAUUAGCUAGAAAAUUGAAAUUAUAAGCG